GGCGGAAAAAGACACGUCGGUGUAUUUAUAGAAAAAUGAGGCCUCACAAUAGCCUUUUUCGGAGAGUGAAUUAUUAAGGAAAUCAAGUGCACGGGUGGCGGCGUCCCAGUUUUCUGAUGAACACAGCGAGCAUCUCGGCCCUGGGAUGAAUCAGGGAUGAGACGCAGGACAGACUCCUUCAUAAACUCAUCAAAAGACCGGAUUUGCUUUUCAUGCGAACUCAGCCCUCACUUAUUUGGAUCUUGUGACUCUAUUUUAUGGGGUUCUGUGUCAAGGCGUGAUCAGGGCGAUUUUUUUUUUUUUUUUUUAAUCUACAUUGACCUGGGAAGACGCAGAGGCUGAAAAUGAAGAAAUUUUUGCAAAACAAAAAAAGCAGAUCUUCAUUGCGCCAGACCAAACGGAGCUCUCGGUGUCAAUCCAAAGAUUUCUUCCUCAGCAUGCCGGCAUCUAACCAGGGCUGGCCUGAGGAAUUUGGAUUCCAGCUUGGUGGGAAUGGACCAAGCUACAUCCUGUCUGUAGAGGAAGGAAGCAGCGCCCAACUGGCCGGCCUUCAGGCUGGAGAUCAAGUGUUGGAAAUCGAAGGCCACAAUGUGUCAACACUUUGUCCGCAAGCUGUUGUUGCCAUCGCCCAGACGCAGAAGAACAUCCCCCCCAGCAUUGGUGUGGUGUCCCGCAUCCAGCAGAUGGACAUCGUACCAGGUCCUGAUGGCCGUUACGGUUUCACCAUUGUGGGAGAUUGCCCAUUGCUGGUGGAGGACUGCUCACCGUGCUCCCCGGCGGGCCGUGCGGGUCUGAGGGCAGGCGACUGCGUGAUGGAGGUCAACGGCAUCCCUGUCAGGCAGCACGAGAUGGCCGCAGCGCUCAUCAAGUCGUCCCAGGGGAGGACUUUACGGUUGGGCGUGCUGGGCCUCGGCACGAGGCAGAAAGGCAGCCUCAGCAUGGAGGAUAACCGGAUCGGAGGGGAAAGCACAAGAGCGGACCGGAAAUACAAGGCCCUGGAGUUCAACAGGAAGGUUGAGCAGAUUUUAAGCGACGAGCCCAACGUGAAGGAGAGACUCUUCAGCGUGCUGAAGCAAUACGCGGCGGAGAAGAAUGUCGACUGGUUGGCCUCCGUCUUGCCCGAAAUCCUCAUCACUGAUGACCAUCGACAGCUCAUCUCCAGUAUCAGAAUCUUCAUUCCCAAGAAGCACCGACAGCGCUUCGACGAAUCCGUCUCCCAGAACGUAAUCAACAGGCUGCGUCGCAGUAAGAGCAUCAGCGAACCGCAGGGCAGAAUCCGUCGCAGCCGGAGCGAGGACCACUCGGACCGCCACCAUGGGACCAAACGGGCCAGUUCGGUGCCCCGGGACGGAGGCGAACCCGGUGGGAGGGGCGAGGGGGAAAGAGACAGAGCCCACAGGAAGUCAGUCUCCGGGGUACCGACACAUCCUCCCAUUGGACCCAAUCAGAGGCUCAUCCGCGUCUACAGAGGCAAGAAGACCUUUGGCUUCACUCUGCGGGGUCACGCUCCGGUCUGCAUCGAUUCAGUCAUCGCAGAUAGUCCGGCUGAAGAAUGUGGACUUAAACCGGGCGACCGCAUCCUCUUUCUCAAUGGACUGGAUAUGAGGAACUGUUCCCAUGAAAAGGUGGUGUCAAUGCUGCAGGGCAGCGGUGCGAUGCCCACGCUGGUUAUAGAAGACGGUCCGUCUGAUUACUCCUCAGACCCGACAGAAGCGGAGGAAACUCCCAGUCUGUCUUCCAACACCUUGCCGCGCUCUAGAUCUCCUGUCCUCAGCUCCCUCCAGUGGGUGGCAGAGAUCCUUCCGCCAAGCAUCAAAGUCCACGGGCGGACAUUCGGCCAGCAGCUGGACCACUUAUUGACAAUCCAGGAACGGUACACUGUCUGCAAGGCCCUGGAGACCUUCUUUCAGCACAGGAAUGUGGACACCCUUAUAGUAGAUGUAUUCCCAGUAUUGGACACGCCGGCUAAGCAGCUGAUCUGGCAAUUUAUUUACCAGUUGCUGACUUACGAUGAGCAGGAACGCUGUCAAAGCAAGCUGUCACGCUUCCUGGGUUUCAAAAGCAGCGCCGUAUUAGAGCCCGAAGCCAGUUCGGAGCACCACCGGAGAAGCAGUUCGGUGCGAAUAUCUGGGACAUCGUAUCGCGGCUGCGUGCGAGAGAGGAGUUCUGACGACUGCAUCAUCGGAACUCACCUGGGAAUGGGAAUUCAUGUGGAUGAAUGUGGCAGCCAGGAGGAGAGGCAGUCGGGAGACGGAACCUCCUUCCCCGAGUCUCCUGACCUCAGUCAUAUGUCAGGCGUGUACACGGAGCUGGAGAACGUGUACGCAGGGAAGAGCGUGUCUCCGUUGCAUGGGGGCGCCCCAGCGGAGUCCGAGGGGCCGGGACAGACUGAGGCUUACGGCCGCUCUCUCUCCCCCCUCACGCUUCCCCCUCUCAAAGGCAACCGGAAGUCAGGCUUGUCCCUCACCUGGAAGGAGCCCCUCCCUACCAACGUCUACGGGAUCCACCACCAAAGUAGCGUGGACUCCAAUCCCUACGUCAGCCUGGAGAGCCCCCCAACAUCUCCCCAACACAGCCCCGGCACGUUGGGCCGCCGCAAGAAGCUGUUCACCUUUUCCCGCCCGCCCCGCAGCCGGGAUACCGACAAAUUCCUCAAUGCCCUCAGCGAGCAGUUGGGCCAGCGGGUCACGCUGGCGGAUGACUACGUGCCGGGCGAGAACGACUAUGAGGAGAUAUAUCAAGGUGCUUGUCAUGGUUUCAGAAGAAGAGGUGCGCCUAUGAGCUUCCCUGAGGAUCAGGACACGAGUUUCAUGCAUCGGCAACUCAGCAGUGGCAGCAGUGAGGACCACAGUAGCAGUGAUGAGGUUUCCUCUCCCUGCUACUCUUCUGGCUCCGAGCACAUCCCCCCUCCUCCGAAACAGAGUCCCCCACCCCCUCCACCCUUCCAAGUCUUGUUACCGCCUCCGGUCCAGUUCACGGAUCCCGUGCCACCCGUCCGCUUCUCCCCAGAACACGUCCCCCGCAGUCGGAUGCCCUUCCAGCCCCACCAUCCCAUCAUCCCACCUCCGCCGCCCCCGCUGAGGACCCUCCUGUCCAACCGCUCCCCGCUCCACAAGGUCCCGCCCACCAGGGAGGACGCGGACGAACAGCGCUUCCAAACGCUGUCUCGCGGCCGCACCACCUUCACCACGACCACCAUCCUGCGCUCGUCCCGCCCCGGCUAUCUCCCCCGCCAGCUCAGCCAACCGCAGCCCAUUUGCCAGCCUUCCCCGCUACCGUCUCCGCAAACAUUACGGCCCAGCCAGCUCGUCCUGCACAGGCACCAUCAGCUCCACCACCAGCACAGCUACCAGGGUCCGCUGCCCCCGUCUAUCGAAGAUCACAGUCCACCGCGGAGUCACAAACAAGACCCCGCCGCCUCAUUUAGCAAACCCCAAAGCUCUCACUCUGCCCUCUCCAGCCACACGAAAACACCCAGACAAGACCCGGAGUGUCAGCAGGCUCCUCCCCCUCCUCCUCCUCCCUUGCCCCCACCCUGCGACCCACCUCCACUCCCUAAACCGGGUCAAGCCUCAGACACCAACCACAUGAGCGUGAAGAGGCUGCGCUGGGAGCAGGUGGAGAACUCCGAGGGAACCAUCUGGGGUCAGCUCGGGGAGGAUUCCGACUACGACAAGCUCACAGACAUGGUCAAGUAUUUGGACCUUGAUCUGCACUUUGGUACUCAACGCAGAUCCAUGUCUCCACCAGAGCCGACCUUCCUGCCUGAGAACUUAAAAAAGAAAGACGUUGUGGAGAUUCUGUCUCACAAGAAAGCCUACAAUGCGUCCAUCCUCAUCGCCCAUCUGAAGCUCUCCCCCGACGAGCUCCGGCAGGUCCUGAUGGACAUGACCACUGACAGGCUGGAGCCCGCCCACAUCAAGCAGCUGCUGCUCUACGCCCCCGACGAGGACGAAGUCAAAAAGUACGAGCAGUUUGAGCAAGACCCGGCCAAACUGAGCGAGCCCGACCAGUUCAUUUUCCAGAUGCUGAUGGUGCCCGAGUAUAAGACCCGUCUGAGGAGUCUCCACUUCAAGACCACCUUGCAGGAGAGGAUGGAAGAGAUGAAGGUGGCCUAUGAUUACAUCUACAAGGCCUCAGUGGAGCUGAAAACCAGCAAAAAAUUGGCCAAAAUCCUCGAGUUUGUACUUGCUAUGGGGAAUUACCUCAACAACGGCCAACCCAAAAGCCACAGGACCACGAGCUUUAAGAUCAAUUUCCUCACCGAGCUCAGCACGACCAAAACGGUGGACGGGAAAUCUACUUUUCUCCACAUUCUAGCCAAGUCUCUGUGCCAGCAUUUCCCGGAGCUGCUUAACUUUUCCAGAGACCUCCCCACAGUGCCUCUGGCAGCCAAGGUGAACCAGAGGGUGGUCACCACGGAGCUGAGUGACCUGCAGGCCAUCAUCCUGGACAUCAGAGCAGCAUGUCUGAAAAUCCCUCUCACCUCUGAGGACCACUUUGCUUCUGUCAUGAGUAGUUUUCUGGAGAACAGCCACCCCGCAAUACAGUCUCUGGAGUCUCUGCAGAGCCGAGCGAUGGAGGAGUUCUCCAAAGUGGCCUCCUUCUUUGGAGAAGACAGCAAAUCCACCAGCACCGAUUCCUUUUUUGCUAUUUUCGCAGAGUUCGUUUCUAAAUUUGAGAGAGCCCUCAAUGAGACUCAGACCCCCGAAAAUCCCAGAAGUCCAAGACUGUCCUCCCCUCUGGCCUGGUAGAUGCAACACAGUCCAAACCCCACAACCAAAGUGCCAAAAAUCACACAUGGUGACGCUCCCCCCCCCAAAAAAAAGUGCAGAGCCACUUCUUCUACAGCACCCAUGCAGGGAAACAGAAGCGCCCCCGUGUGGAGAAGAGAUGUCACUUCAGGUGCUCACUGGAGCUAUCCUAAAAAUCAGCACUUGACCGACCAUUCCGUGUAAUUUAAACUACUGCCGAUGAUAGCCUAGAUAGCUACAGAUAUUUAUUGUAAGAUUAUAAAAUAUAUAUAAAUAUUUUUUGUCACUUUGUAAGGAUUUAGCAAAGAUGUAGGCGGCUUCAAAGAGGUUUCACAGUUUACAUUUCCAUGACAGUUCAACAUUUGGGAGAAUACAAAAGUCCUGAAUGAGAAUGUUCAUGGAGAGUUAUCUUGUAGUUCAGGAUAGUUUAGGUUCUGUGGUCUAGGAGAUGUAUCUUGGGGGUCCGCAAAAAUAAUUUGCAUUAAAUUAUGGAAAAUAAUGAACUAAUUUCAGCUGGGUGAAGGACAAGAGUCAAUUGUUAAGAGUUAUUUUUUAGAGAAAACACUGUUUGCAUCAACUGAGCUAACCUAGCUAAUUUUUCAUGAAAAAAAAUAAAAUAAAAAUUUAAAUUAAAUCUAUAUAUAAUUCCUUUGUUAGAGGGAGCAACUGCGGUCUACUUCAUGCCAUUUUCGGUACAGUUCACAUGACUCAAUCUGGUCUUAUAAAAGAAGAGUGAAGAAUUUGCAUCAUCUAUCGGUGUCACGACAGAAGUGAUUAAUUCUCUUGAAGCUUCUGGCUUUGAACAAUACAAAGUCCUGCUUGUAUAAGCGGGCAUGAACCGAAGGAAGGACCUGUAAAUGAUCCAUGAUAAAUGCUAUUGUGGUUGUCAUGGUGACCUCAGCCACAGUGUACCAGUAGCUGCGGUGUACUUCUACUCUGUGAUGUGUUAUUGAGAUUGUAAAUUCCCAUAUUUCGGCUAUGCACUGCUCGUUGUUUUCAUUUGUGAGUGCUCGGGCGUUCCUCAGAGUCUGGUUUUGAUUUUGUCGUUCAAGAGUCACUGGAGUGUAUUGUUUCUGUGUUGCACAGCUUUCAAAGUGCAGUGUUAGCGCUCGUUUAAAAAAAAAAAAAAAAAAAAAACCCGCAACCAGAACUGCUGCUAAGUAUUGUAACUGUGUUUCUAAAUCGGUUGCAUGUUGGUGCAGGUGGUAGCAAACAACCUCCAUUUUCAAAAUGAACGUACAGUACUCUACUUGGAUUGAUCAAGUUUUUUUUUUCCCCUUACUUUUUUUUUGUCUGUUGUUUUUAGAAGUCUGUGAUAGUUUGACCCCUUACGUUUGGAUAAAUCCACCCCUACCCACCAAUGUUUUUGAUCUAUAAAACAAUAUCCUGCUCGAAAGUAUCGCCUCUUCAUUUGCGCCACACUCAUUGG